AUGGAGAAGGGUAUAAAUUCUGAGGAUUGGAAGCAGAGAGCAUCAGUUCCUCCUCAAGGAAUAAUCAGAGAAACAUUCAUCAUAGGGAAAUUCGGAAAGGACAUUCUAGAAAGCAAGAAAGCAAUUCGAGUCACCAUGAAGUUUGAACAAAGUGUGUUUGCCUUAGUCUUCCUCAGUUUUCUGAUUGGCACUGCAAUAACGGCUCCCGCAUGUGGUGGAGGUGGCGCUUGCGGUGAUGGUAGCGGUGGUGGAGGAGGUGGAUGUGGAGGAGGCGGAUGCGGCGGGAGCGGUGGUGGAGGCGAUGGAAGCGGUGCAGGACACGGCUAUGGAGGAGGGGGCAGCAGUAGCAGCAGCGAAAGCGGUGGUGGAAGUGGAGGAGGAUGGGGCGGAGGAAGUGGAGCCGAUGGCGGAAGUGGAGGUGAUGGAGACGGUGGAGCAAGUGGAGGCGAUGGAGGUGGCGGUGAUGGUGGUGCUGAUGGCGGAGACGGAGGAGCUGAUGGAGCCGAUGGCGGCGGAGAUGGAGGGGAUGCAGCAGAUGCGAGUGGAGGAGUUGGAGCAGGUGGAGCUUUCGCCCCUGGAGUCGGAGGAGCCGGUCGUGCGCCUGGAGGUGGCGCCGCUUUCGCUCCUGGAGUCGGAGGAGCCGGUCGUGCGCUUGGAGGUGGCGCCGCUUUCGCUCCUGGCGGUGGCCCCGGUGGUCAUGGUGGAGCUUACGCCCCUGCUGGAGGCUCAUCGGGUAAUGGAGGUGCUGGAGCUGGUUACGGUGGCGCAUGCAAUGGCGGAGACUCCGGGGGUUGUGAUGGAGACUCUGGUGAGCAUGCCGCACCCACCAGUUUACGCACCAAGUGCGCCAGUUCCAGCAGCCCCACGAGCACCCGUCCCAGCACCUCGAGCACCAAUUCCUGCCCCGGCUCCAGCUCCGGCUCCUGCUCCAGCACCUGCUCCGGCACCCGCACCAGCACCCGCACCCGGAGCUCCAGAUGGCAGUGGAGAAAACGGUAA